GCCAUGGUAACCAAGGAGCCUCACAGUUAUGAGGCACAUUAAACAACAACGUUACAGGAGAGAAACUGCUUUAUUUGAUCCACAGUGAUGGAGCUGAAUCAUUCGUCGUGUUGGGAUUCAAUCCUGGAGAAGGUGAAACCACAUAUACCGACCAUCGACUUCGACUCUUCAUCAUCCGAGAAUGAAGAGAUUGUCACCGUAUAUCAAAGACCAGCUGGCCUGAAGCUCCCUGACCUAUUUUCAAUGGGUGAUGACGAGAUAGAGGAGCUGUUGAAACCUGUAUCUCAGCCAUGCUGGACAGAAGAGAGUGUGAAGUUGUAUGAUGAUGAAAUGGCAGAAGGCUCUACUGUAACUCAGCGGGGUACACAACACUGUGAUGCUGAUGUUGAGGCUCGUGAGGGAGGUAUUGUGGAGUUGAACAGAGCCAAGCUGGAUGACUCUAUAAAACCAAUUGUGGACAAUACAAAAUCUGAUGAAGAGUUUCCCGUUCUCUCAUUUGCGAGGCUUGACCAGUGGGAUUUGGAUGAUGUCCUCCAAAAUUGGAAAGAGGAUGGGCUGCCUCUGCGACAACGCGUGUCAGUUGAACCCUCGAAAACACAUGCAGAUGGUCACAGGGACAGAUCCCAGGGGGAUAUAAUGGAGAGACUAGUUGCUUACUGUAACAACCAGUCAUCUAAGUCUGCGUCAGAGCCUGUGAAAAGUUCAAACCACAUCAGACAGAAUAAUGUGCGGAACAAAUCAUCGGAGGGGACGGAGGCCGAGCUGCAGCUGAGCCAGCAGGAAUGCCCCACUGUUUAUAUUGACCUUCGUUGCCCCGAGCCUUCAAUAAAACCAACAAGAACAUCCCCAAAUCUUUCAUCAGAGUCACCAGGCAAAUUCAACACCCACCAGGAAACACCUCCUGCAAAGAAAGCCAAUCUUAAAGUGCAUGCUGGAUCACGGACGGGGGACAGGGAAGUGACUGGCAAGAGUAUGUUGCUUCGGAAAAUCAGGGAGAUGAAUAGAAACGGGAAUAAAUAUCCCAGUAAAUGUACAGAUCCUUCAUAUUCGGUGCCAGGAUAUGAAGCAGAAGAACUGAAAGAGACGCCUGUGGAGUCUACAUGUAGCCAUGAGUCACACCAUCUGUGUGAAAAUAAACAACCUUCACAUGUACAGUUUGAGCACAGAAACCCUAAAGUGGAAAGCACACCGAAAACUCAGCAAAGUACAAUCAGAGAGCCAAAGCAUCAGAGAGACCAACAGAGACAACAAGUUAAGCAGACAUUACAACACGGACAACAGCAGCAGAUUCUUAAGCAACUGGAAAUACUUCAUCCACCCAGAUCUGUCAACCAGAAGCAGUCAGCUGCUGAAAGGACGGAUGUUCUUUAUGAUUUUGAAGCAUCUCAUCUGCAGUCAAUCAGUACACUACCAGCAGAUAUUGAGAGUAAGGGGCGUAUGCUGCUGAUCGUCGACCUUUCCAGUCCUGGCGUGGUUGGAGCUAGAGCUCAUGGGAGGAGAAAACAUCUGAAUCCAGCUGCAACCAAAUCACACAUUUACAACACUUUAGUGGCUUGGUUUCUGUCUUUGGUUGGCCCAGAGCCACGCCAUGAUGAAGACGAGGUCGGUGCAAAGGUCCCAUUCUGGGUUGCAGGACUUCAGCAGCUGUGGACAGAGGAUGGACUGGCUUUGCACGUUUUAGCUGUGGCUCGUCACUCUUAUACACCAAGGAAAAGGGACAUAGACAUCCACAUACCUUUCUAUAAGCAUGUGUGCAGGUUCCUCUCUGAGACCUCGCUCAAUCUAAUCGCUCGAUGGCUUCCUCAGCUCAAAAACCUGCUGGACCAACAAGCCUAUGCCUCACCCAUCCAUCUGCCCUCUUCCUGUUUGAGUUGUUUCAUCUCCACCACCUCCAACAACAAGGUUAUAGACAGGACAUUUGGUCCCAGUCCAGGGUUUUACUGGCAGACUAUGGAUACUCAGGGGCGUGUUUGUAAGGGGAGAGAGACCACACGAGAGCUGCACACAGAGGUAUCAGUUGCUCUGGGGCGCAAAGCUUUCCUCUUACAUCCCCUCGUAACACACUACACCCUCCAGUUUGUUCUCGACUCAGGACUCGACGUGUGUGGUCUGCGGCUCCUUUAUCCACCACAGGAGCUCCUGAGUGACAGUGCUGGUGCUGUACCAGUUAUCCAGAGAACCGAUGAGACCUGCCAGCCUGUUCUUGCCCUCGCCGUUCGGGGCCCUCGUGCCCACUCAGCGUUGAAAGAUUUAGCUAGUUCCUUAGAUCCUCUGAUGCUCAGAGAGACAGAUCUGAACCCUCUCAAGCCUCCACUCCUCUUCUCCCCUCGACUGGCCAGUCAGGUCCACAGGGAUCUGUGCUUGUGGUUUUCAGGAAGACUUCGAGGAGGAAGUGCACAGACUCAAAACUCAGGACCUCUGAAUAGAGGUGUACAUUUGGAUGACAGAGUCGGGGGCAGCCUGAGGAAUUUAAGUAGAUCAUCUUCCUUUCUGUGUGCUACAACGAACGCUGACUUACUCCUGGUGGCGUCGCCCGCCGUGCCUCCAUGUUGCUACGGCCAGUUGCUAGCUGUUUGUGAACGCAGAGGCUUCUGUCUGUUGGGGCUGCAGAGGCUGCAGCUUCAGAGCAAUGGAGCUGCGGUCCUUGGACUCUCCAACCAGCAGGCACUUGUGUUCUGCACUCCACAUACUGUGACCUUGGAUCGAGGUCAGCUGGAGCUGCCCUCUCACUGUCUGGUGUUGUUACUGAGGAAAGAAAAUGCAGUGCACCACAGUUUUAGUCUGCCAGCAGCACUAAUGAGAGAAUUGAAGGCACAAAAGCUUCUGGGUUGCAUCCACUCCAGACUUGAUGGUGUUCACACAGUAGAGCCCAGCUUCUGUUUCCACACUGUACCUUACAGCAGUAACCUGCUCCAUACCUUUGUUAGGUGUAUGUGGGCCGUGCCAGAUCCUUCCGGUGUGAUCCUGUCCCAUCAGAAGUGUUCGUCCAACUCCGACGUGGAGCAGGUGGCGAUUUUGACUUUGAGUGGGAAGGACAUGAGCCAAGGCCUGAGCCUCCUACACAGAGUGCUGACAGAAGAGCCAGAAGGAUUCAAGCUGCUCGGCCUGAAGUGGCUGCCUGCGUUGACUCGACUUGAGGCUCAGGAACUGAGUCCAUACGAGGUGGGCGAGCAGCUCUGUCAGGACAGCGUGGACAAUCUCAUGUCCUCUCCUGCCCUAGUGUGUGCUCUGAGACGGGUGGAUGCUUUGGUCUCAUUGAGGAAGCUCCUACCACAGGACUCCCCCGCUAACCUCAGUGUCCUGAUGUCACCCACACCUGAAGUGGCUUCCAGACAAGCCUCCCUCUUCUUCUUUGAGCACGAGAUGAUUCCUGAUCCACAGAUGCUGCUCACCGUGUGCCUGUUCAAGCCAACGAUCUGGAAUCGCGCUCUGGCUGAAAUAGUCCACAAACUCCAGCCGAGAGGCCUCACGUUGGUGGGCCUGCGUGUCGUGACCUUGGACAACAACAGCUCUGCUGCCUCACUACUGCCUGCAGAGAGUGACGCCUCAGACUUGGCGGCCCAUGUGGAGUACUUGUGCUCUGGCUCCUCAUUGGCUCUCUGCCUCCAGGGCGAGGAUGCUGUGAAGAGGCUGCUGGAUGUGCUGGACCAAGAGGACUCAUCCAUGUGGACCAAUUAUGGCAAGGCUCAUUCAUACAAUGGCGUCUAUGGAUCAAGAUCAUAUCAGAAAGCAAUUCAGGAUGUGAGGAGGUUUUUCCCAGAAGGGCUCUGCUGUACUGAGACCAGCACAAUGAGACAGGAGCAGAUACUCUGCAUGCGCUCGGACCCGUUAGCCUCUUUGGAGCGUGAACAGAGCCGCACACUGGCCCCUGUAGACCAGGAAACUGUGUCACCUUCAAUGGAAUCAGGACCAAAUCGAGGGAUACACAUUGCUCUCUGGCAGACAACCUGUCUGCUGAUACCCUUAAAUGCUCCACCUCUCAGCGUAGUGCCAGCCCAGCUGGACGUGCUGGAGCAGCUGCUGAGGUUAGGCUGCCAUCUGGUGGCAGGGCGGAUGAGCACACUGGAUGACGAGCAGAGGAAACACAUCGCUGAGACACUGAAGGUGUCAUCAAGAGGAGAUGAGAGGAUGGCUCAUCUUUACAUGGCGCCCUGUCUCAUCAUGGCUCUGCAAGGGGAAGCGGUUGUGACCGGCUUUAACUUGAUCUUUGAAAGAAUUUACAAGGAGAGGUCAGACCUGGAAAAAGUGGGGAAAAUGAUCAUCUACCCAGAGAGUCAGAACGAGGCUGAGCAGCUGCUAUGCUACCUAUUUGAAACCAUUGUGCCAUAAAGUUCAAAUAGGUACAGAAGUACAAGCAUGCCAAAGCUAAUGCUACAUCAGUUGUCAUUUUCAAAAGUCUCCUCAGAAAAAUGUAAUUGUAAUUGUUCAGGGAAGACUUUUUUUAGAUAAUAUAAAUAUUUUUCCAAGUCACUGUAAUGUAAUAAAUGUGUUUUUUCACCCUUAAGAAUCACCGUGUUUUUC